AUGAAUGGCUCAGAGGACGAGCAACAGUUGGUGUAUACUGUACUGGUCACAGGCGCGAACAGCGGCCUAGGCUUCUCGACCUGUUGCCGUCUCAUUGACGAAUUCCUGCACUCGCGACCACAGACCCAAUCGCUCCACCUCCUUGUGACUACACGCUCCACCUCGAAGAACAAAGAUACGCAGACUCGCCUGCAUGCACACCUUCAAAAGACGCUUCUCAAAGCCGACAAAGGCACACCGGGCAUCAGUAAAGUGCUCGCUUCUCGUAUAAAGAUUUCCGGCGAACAAGUGGACCUGUGUAACCUGCGCAGUGUCAAAGAGCUAGGGAAAAGACUACUGGACAGAGGAGAUCGUCUCGAUGUCUUGAUCUGCAAUGCAGGAAUAGGAGGCUGGAAAGGCUUGAAUUGGCCUUCUGCGAUUUGGGCAAUCUUGACGGAUUGGAGACAUGCUUGCACGUAUCCUACCUAUAAGCUAGGAUUUGUGGGUGCUGUUGCCGCUCAAGAGGGUGACGAAACAGCACCAGAUCAGCAGCUGGGAGAAGUGUUUACGGCAAAUGUGUUUGGACAUUACAUUCUCGCUCAUGAGCUUUCACCACUCAUGAAGGGCGGCGGAUCAAAAGAGCCAGGGAGAAUUAUUUGGAUUUCGAGUAUUGAGGCCUACGCUCAUGCUUUUGAUGCAGAGGAUGUACAGGCCUUGAAGUCAGACGCUGCAUACGAGUCUAGCAAACGCCUUACAGAUCUUUUGGUCUUGACUUCCGAGCUACCGUCUACAAAGAUGUCUACAACGGCUUUCUUGCAAGAGGCGGAUAAACAGCAGAAGCCAAAGAUGUUUUUGGCUCAUCCGGGUGUUUGUGCGACGAGUAUUGCGGAUUUACCGCUGGUGCUUUGGUAUGCCAUGUUAUUGGCCCAAUACAUUGCUCGUUGGCUGGGCUCGCCAUGGCAUCCUGUGUCUUCAUACCUGGGCGCUGUAUCCAGUGUCUGGCUCUCACUAGCACCAUUCUCAUCCCUCUCCACCCAAGAACUCACCGAAGGCAAAGCAAAAUGGGCAAGUUCAACAGACGUAUUCGGCAAUGAAAGAGUAGUGCGCACAGAAGUCGGCGGAUGGGGAUGGGGUGGCAAGGUGGGAGAAAAAGCAGAUGGGAAGAUGAGGUUGAGUGCUAAUAGAUGGAGAGGUCAAGAAGAUGUCACAAAGGAGUCUAGAGAGGAGUUUGAGGUGCUGGGACAGAGGGUUUGGAGGGAUAUGGAGAAGUUGAGGGAGACUUGGGAGGAUAAAUUGGAAGCAUGA